AUAGACCCUCCUACCUCCCUUCUCUGGCUGAAAAACAGAGUAUCUCAGGGCUUUGUGUGCAUCUUUCCCACCGUCUCCACCCUGUCCCAGCUGCUGGAGACUGCUCGCAGCUGGCCAGGCGCGGCGGGAUGGGACUUGGGGAGGGGAAGCCUCUAUCAGCACCCACACCCUGUGUCUCCUCCUUUGGCUUUGAUCCUGGAGCAAAUCUCCCAGCUUGGAGCUAGAUCGGCUCUUACACCCAAGCAUGCUCCCAGGGCUGGAGGGAGCUGUGAAUUUUGCAAGAGCUGCCUGUGUGGAUGUUCUCAGCAGAGCCCUCUUUGGGAGGGCUGGGGCAUGGAUGCUGCUGGAGCAGGAUCUGCCUGCAUUGAGGGUGUGAUCCCAUGUAGGGAGGGGGCAUUGUGGUGUACAGGAAAGAGGAGCUUUGCUCAUGUCCAGAAUCUGCCACACUGGGCAGGGACCCCUGAAGGUGGCAUGAAUAGCCAAGUGUCAUCUAUGUCUUACCACAGCUGUCUGUCCCUGCAGCUCUGGACAAUCUUCUGCACCUCCCUGCGGCCAGCAGUGCCCUGCUCAGCCAGGCAUCUCCUCCUUGGGCCUUGCCUAUGGGAGGUGGGCUCUUGCCUUGCCCUGGGAGUGCAAGCCGUGGGCAUCAGAGGAGCUGGGGAUCUGCUUGAGAAGACUGGGCUGAAUUCAUUGUGGCUGUGGCUGCAGCUGCUUGGUGACAAAUAGCAGCCACAGACAGAGACAGGGACAGGGGGGACAGCCUGCCCAGUUCACCUCCAGACAUGCCACCCUUAUCAUCGGGAAGCUGAGGCAGAGAUAAGAGCAGUUCGCUUCGAGUCCAGCCAAGGCAGCCGUGAGCCAGGGAUAUGGCAGAGGCUCCAUGAGGAGGGCGAUGGGAGCAGAUGCUGCACAUCAGAGCGGGGGAUGCAUCCUCAGCCCCUGGCUGCUGCUCCCCCUGCCCAUUGCUACCCCCCAAGCAAGACCCUCUGAUGGAUUCUGAGCCCCUUCCCAGGCUUGUGGCAUUUCCUUCAUCCCCCAGAGCUGCAGGAUGGGGGGACUGGGAGAGCCAGAGCCAGAGCCAGAGCCAGAGCCAGACUGGGAGAGCCAGAGCUCCUCACUUUGCACAGCCCCUCAUGGCUUGUCCCUGUCCCUCGGGUGCUCUUCCUGGCUGUGGCUGGGUUGCCGGGACAGCAGGAAGGCUGGGAUGGCUGGCAUGCUGCGGCACCCUGCUGACUGCUGCCAGCUGCUGGGAGCUGGUUCCUCAGGAAGCAGCCGUCGGGGAGAGCAUCCUCUCAUCACCACCCGGAAAGCCCAGCACAGAUCACAAACUCCUCCAUCCCUCCAGGAAUGUGAGUGUUCCUGCUGGAAUCAUCCUGUGCAAGCAGCAUUUCAUGGACAAAUCUCCGGUGAGGCCACAGCAGAGCUGUCAGGCGCUGGCUUUGAGGUGGGGAAGAUGGGGAUGACACUUUUAUGGCUCCCAUUCAGCCAAAUGCUCAGCCAGCCCUAGGCACGUGCCCUAAACAUGUGCUCCCAGGUCAGAGCUUCCCUGUCACUGCACAGCUUUGCUCAACCUGAAACCUGUGGUCACACCCAGGGUACAUCUCUGGGAAUAGAAAACAAAAAGAGGAUGAGAGAAGGAAGGGAAGGAAUGAAGGAGACUCCUUCCUCAGGGUCUGCUGGUGGCCAGAUCCUUCCUCACGCCUCUGCUCCCUAGGAGGAGAUGGAGAAAUCACUGGCCACGACCAGACAAGAGUGGCUUAAGGUGAGGCAGGAGCUGUUGCAGAAGAGAGGUGCCAGGAGGCACCCCUAUCCCCUUCCCUCCUGCUGCUCCCCUCCUCAGGCCGGGCAGAGGAUGGCUGCUGGCAGGUGCUGUGGUGCAGGCAGUGCAGGACACUGUGGGGCUUGUUCCUCACUUCUGGAACAAUGGGAUAGCCAUGCCAGGGAGCAGCGUGCCCCAACAGGGCUGUCUGCUUUCUGCACAGCCCGGGGGCGGAGGGAACCAUCCCAACUGCUGGAUCACUAAAACAACUUGGGCAAGCAGCUGCAGCGGGGCACUGACGGCCAGGAUGCAGCUGGGACACCAUCCCACCACCUCCUCCGGCCAAGUGGCAGGGCUGGGGGUAGCAGGGACCCUCGGCCAGGAUUCAGGCAGUGCAGUGGCCCCUUGCCGGAAGAUUUAAUUGUCCCUCCAUUGUGGGCAGGCGGGCGGGCGGCGCGCCCGGCCGUCACACUCCCGUGUCCCGGGGCAGCCCGGCUCCGCCGCGUCCCGCCUCGGGCAGCUCUGGCACGGCUGCGAUUGUGCAGGCAAAAGGAGAACAAGGAAGAGCAGUGCCUCCAGACCGUGGGUCCCGCAGCCAUCCCUGGUCGGGGCUUCCCACGGGGGGCACGGGCUGUGGUGCCGGCGCUGGCGGCAGAUAACGCCGUUUCCUCGCUGGCUGCUCGCUAUCAGCGCGGCGGCGACGGGCAGGCAGGAUCGCAUCCCGAGCAAUCCGUGCUGGGCGCUGUCGGGAAGGGCUCCUGGCCCCCUUCACCCCGCAGCCAGCCUCGGGCCGUUUAUUUUUACACGGGUUGUUUUCUUUCCGGCUUGAAGCCAUCCUGCACGGCGGCAAGAGCUGGACCGGGGCCCCCACGCCUCAUUUCCUUGCCGUAAAACAACAAAGUGGGGGGUGAAGCAGCGCACUAGACUGGGACAGCGGGUCGAUGGGUCAGGGCACACGCCGCAUCGUGGUUCCUCUGUUUGUCCCUUCUGUCUAUCCCCUGACCGGCAUCCCCUGGCGGUGCCGCGGCCGUGCUGCCCUUCCUGAGGACUCGAUCUCCCUGGAGCUGUAUCUGCCUGUCUGUGUGCCAGUGGGAGCUGGCAUGGAGGGCAUCACCCCAGUUUAGGGAUGAUGCCCCCACAGAUGGGUGCAACUGGGCACCCCAGAGUUUUUGCCCUGGUUUCUGUACCUCUGCUUUGUCCCCACAGCAUCAAGAAGACCCUGAAGAGGCUGAACCCCGCAGCUCAGCUGUCUCUGCUGAAUUCCAGAACUGGCAGACACUGGGCACAGAUCACUCCGUGCCACAGCCCACCUGUCCCAAGCUGCUUGUGCCUGUAGUGCUCCUGCCACAUGUGUGUUGGGCACCUCCUUUGUCUGGAGACUGUGGCCAGUCCCCUCCAGUGGGAUGUGGGACAAGGGAUGUCUCAUCUUCCCUGGCACUGUGACUUCACCGAAGCUUUGCUUGGGACAUCACAGGAUCCCAGCAGCCCCAACGGGCAAGUUUUUUCCCACUGCUGCCCCUUCCAAGCCGGGGGCAGUGCAGGCAGCUGGCACACUGCAGAUAAGCCCGGGCUUGCUUCCCAGUCAUGCUGCUGCUCCCACUCCUCCUGAAGGUCACCCUGCUGCCCCUGGCCAGUGGCUCCUACCACCCCUUCUACAACGGCUUCUACUACAACCACAUCAUGAAUGACAAUGGCGACGAGCAGGACAAAGUGGAUUACUUCAGCGGAUCCAAACUAGUGGUGGAAGCUUCCAAAGACCCUGUCUACAGCUACAAUGGUGCCAAUGUCACCCUACCCUGCCACUACCGCUACGAGCCCGACCUGGGACCCAAGCGCAAAAUCCGCAUCAAGUGGUCCAAGCUGCGGGAUGACUACACCAAAGAGCAGGAUGUGAUGGUGGCCAUUGGCAAGACCUACGUGGCCUUUGGGGACUUCAAGGGCCGUGCCCACAUCCGUCAGGCUGGUGAGGCCAGCUGGCACGAGGCCUCGCUGGUCAUCAGCGACGUGCGCUUGAAGGACGAUGGCAAAUACCGCUGCGAGGUCAUCGAUGGGCUGGAGGAUGAGAGCGAUGUUGUGGACCUCCGGCUGCAAGGCAUCGUGUUCCCCUACCAGCCUCCCCGCGGGCAGUACAGGCUCAAUUUCCACGAAGCCGAGCAAGUGUGCCAGGACCAAGGUGCCAUCCUCGCCAACUUUAACCAGCUCUUCCAGGCGUGGAGCGAGGGGCUGGACUGGUGCAACGCGGGCUGGCUGGCCGAUGGCACGGUGCAGUACCCCAUCCGCCUGCCCCGCAAGCCCUGCGGGGGCGUGCACCUCGCCCCGGGCAUCCGCAGCUACGGCCCGCGGCACCGGCACCUCCACCGCUUUGAUGCCUUUUGCUUCUCCUCCGCCCUCAAAGGAGAGGUUUUCUACCUGGACGGCCUGGCUGGGAUGACGCUGGAGGAGGCCAAGCAGAGCUGCCAGGAUGCAGGGGCCGAGAUCGCCCGGGUGGGGCAGCUCUACUCCGCCUGGAAGUUCGUGGGGCUGGACCGCUGCAAUGCCGGCUGGCUGGCAGAUGGCAGUGUCCGCUACCCCAUUGUCACACCCCGGGCCAACUGUGGCCCCGCGGAACCCGGUGUCCGCAGCUUUGGCUUCCCCAGAAAGGGCAGGUUUGGAGUCUUCUGCUACAGAGAGAGAUAAGGAGCCUGGAGGGAUCCUUCUUGGACAAAGGAUGUUUCCAGCCUGCCAGUGCCCAGUGUCGGGCAUUUCCAAGGGCUGUUCUGGGGGUGAAUGGGGGGAGGUGGGAUGGGGGGAGGUUUCUUUUUGUUUUGUUUUGUUUCCUUCCUUUAUAUUUUCCACAUCUUGCUCAGCAGCUGGCACUUGCAGCUGCUUGGUGUGGCUGCCAGCCGGGCAGCGUGGGACAAUCCCUGCGGUGGGAUGUGUUCAAGGAUGAUCCCCAUGGGCUACUGCUGCCACCCCACUUGGCCGUGCCACCCCAUGGGUGGUGACCCCUUCCUGUGGUGGCAGGCUGUCACUGACACACAUCUGCCCUUCCAGGCUGGUCCUGCCUCCCAGCUCAUGAGGCAAGGCCAUGAGGGAGCGAGGCAAGGCUGGAUUUGGCCAGAGCAGAGAGCAGGUAUCUCCAUUGCAUCCUGGCCCCUCUUCCAGCCCCAUCCAUGUCCCUCUGAAGGAUACCAUUGUGCCUAUCUCUGCUGGAGUACAAGUGCCUUAUCUCUAUGUGCCCCUUGCCUGAACUCCAUUUGAACUCUGGUGCCUUCUUCUCUGAGCAUUGGCUAUGAAAAGAUGUGUUUUUCUGGACAUCUUCUAAUAAA